AUGCCAGACCCACAAUCCCAGCCCCUUGCAUGGCUCAAAGACCCGUCCAAUGCCUCACUCAUCGCCGGUGGAGUCGCCGGCGCCGUGUCCCGGACAGUGGUGUCCCCGUUCGAACGGGCCAAGAUCCUCCUCCAACUCCAAGGGCCCGGCUCCAACCAGGCCUAUAACGGCAUGUUCGCUACCAUCUUCAAAAUGUACUCCGACGAAGGGUGGCGCGGGCUCUUCAGAGGAAACACCCUCAACUGUAUCCGUAUUUUCCCCUACUCGGCCAUCCAGUUUGCUGUAUUUGAAAACUGCAAAAACACCAUAUUAGCCAAAUGGCCAAGGCCCUCACACGAAUUGACGCUGGCCGAGCGCGUGGUGGCGUCGUCGAUGGGCGGGUUUUUGUCGGUAUUGGCCACGUACCCGUUGGAUCUUAUCCGGGCCCGGAUCAGCGUCCGCACCGCGUCUCUCGCCAAGCUCGACAAGGGCAAGCUCAUGAAACCGCCAGGAGUAUGGGCCACCGCCCGGGAGGUGGUGGUCAACGAAGGCGGGGUGUUGGCGCUCUACCGCGGAAUGGUGCCCACCAGUUUGGGAGUGGUCCCGUACGUGGCAAUCAAUUUUACCCUUUACGAAAAGCUCCGAGAGUCAAUGUCCCAACUGUCUCGCGACUUUUCAAAUCCGGGGUGGAAACUCGCAGCCGGGGCAUUUUCCUCUUUUGUGGGCGGAGUGUUAAUCUACCCAUUAGAUGUAUUGCGUAAGCGGUACCAAGUAUCAAGCAUGGCGGGGGGAGAGUUGGGGUUCCAGUACCGGUCGGUGGGGGCGGCAUUGGUGGCAAUGUUCCGGGACGAGGGGUUUACCGGUGCUUAUAAGGGUCUCACCGCCAACUUGUACAAAAUUGUCCCAUCAAUGGCAGUAAGCUGGUUGGUGUACGAUACAUUGCGGGACUCAAUCGAGAGGCUUUAG